GAGUUUGCGAGACCUAUGUGGGCUUGGUCCCAGUGCCACUUGGAAGUUCAAGUUUGGGAACCGUUUUUCAGCUCCCGCGGCUUUGGGCAGUUUGUCUGUGGUACCCACCCACUAGCUGUUCUGACCGGGGUCCUGUCUGGGGUGAUAGGUACUUUUCUCUUGUUAUGGCCACAAUGGGAUGGCACAGACCGGGCUGAGAGUCCGACUGGCAAGGUCCAGAGCGAGCCUCAGUGUGAUCUGACCCUUUCCUCUCUCUCCUCUCUCCCUCUCUGCCCCUGCUCACUUUUCAGGUUAGCUUUAUACGUCUACGAAUAUUUACUGCACGUCGGAGCACAGAAAUCUGCACAGACCUUCUUAUCGGAGAUUCGAUGGGAAAAAAACAUCACACUGGGAGAACCUCCUGGGUUUCUGCACUCGUGGUGGUGUGUAUUCUGGGACCUUUACUGUGCAGCUCCUGAAAGGAGAGACACUUGUGAACAUUCGAGUGAAGCAAAAGCCUUUCAUGAUUAUAGUGCAGCAGCUGCCCCAAGCCCCGUGCUUGGCAACAUUCCCCCCAAUGAUGGGAUGCCCGGAGGCCCCAUCCCUCCAGGUUUCUUUCAGCCUUUUAUGUCACCGCGAUAUGCAGGCGGCCCCAGGCCCCCGAUCAGAAUGGGAAACCAGCCUCCAGGAGGAGUUCCUGGGACGCAGCCACUGCUGCCCAAUUCUAUGGAUCCCACACGACAACAAGGUCACCCCAACAUGGGAGGAUCAAUGCAGAGAAUGAACCCUCCCCGAGGCAUGGGGCCCAUGGGGCCUGGCCCACAGACUGACCCUUGGUUAUCGUUGCAGAAUUACGGCAGCGGCAUGAGACCACCACCCAACUCCCUCGGCCCCGCCAUGCCUGGGAUUAACAUGGGCCCAGGAGCUGGCAGACCCUGGCCCAAUCCCAACAGUGCUAACUCAAUCCCGUACUCCUCCUCAUCACCCGGUACCUAUGUGGGACCCCCUGGUGGUGGCGGCCCUCCAGGAACCCCCAUCAUGCCUAGUCCUGCGGAUUCAACCAAUUCCAGUGACAACAUCUACACAAUGAUUAAUCCUGUGCCGCCUGGAGGCAGCCGGUCCAACUUCCCAAUGGGUCCCGGCUCAGAUGGCCCAAUGGGAGGUAUGGGCGGCAUGGAGCCACACCACAUGAAUGGAUCCUUAGGAUCAGGAGACAUAGAUGGACUUCCAAAAAAUUCUCCUAACAACAUAAGUGGCAUUAGCAAUCCUCCAGGCACCCCCCGAGAUGACGGCGAGCUGGGAGGGAACUUCCUCCACUCCUUCCAGAACGACAAUUAUUCUCCAAGCAUGACGAUGAGUGUGUGACCCCCCUCUCCAAGACGCUGAGAGCCGGCAUUGCAGGCAGAAGAUGCCAGAAAUUAUGCAAGAAGAAGUGAGGUGUCGAUACCAGGAGCUGGGGGAGGGUGUCUCCUGCUCCCCUCCACCCCUCCCAUCCACUCCCCCACCUUUCCCAAUUUUAGUUUCAUGCAAUAAAAAGGCCAAACUUUUUAUUCCAUAAAACAUGAAGGACAAAAACUCAAAAAAAUGUAUUUCAAGUCAGCAAUCAGAAAAAUCCUACCCUCUCCUCACCCUAAGGACCUUUCUGUACAUGACACUUUUUGUUUGUUUGUUUGUUUGUUUGGGAUUUUAUCGUUGCUGGGAUUUUUAAUUUGUUUUGGGGGGGGUUUCUUUUGGGGAAAAAUUUUUUUAAUGGAAGCUUCUAGCAAGCCCUACACCCACCCCACUCUUUGCUUUCUUCUUUAAAAAAAAAAAAAAGAACAAAAAAAAAGGAAAAAGAAAAAAAGGCCAAAAAAAAAGGAAGAAAACCCCACAAGCCCUGCUGUGUGUCCUACCACCUGAAAGCUAGUCUAGGUGUGCGCUGCCACACUGACGUUGUAGCCAUCUAAUAAUAAUAAUAAUAAACUGGACAGUUUACAAUCGGUGGUCCCUUUCAAAGGCUGUCUGGGGAGAAGGAAGAGUCCACCAUUUCCACGUGGGCCUUUGGGGUUUGCACUGGGCGAGGAGAUGAUCUGGCUGGCCAUCACAACACACCGGCACCCCUGUGGCCAGAGCGCUCAGAGCCCCCAACCUGCUGUCGCCUAACAGAGACCAUCGCUGUGACCCAGCAUACACACCGUUCCAGGAUGGCUGCCUCUUCAGACCUCGUGCUCGGCCACUGGGGCCUCCAGCCCCACAACUCUUGGCAAGACUCCUGCUGCCUGGGCAGGAGAGGCCCCACCCACAGAAUGGCUAUGAUCUGGGACAUGGAACUGGCCUCCACGUUCUGGUCCCUAGAUCCUCACAUAGUGCGCACAGGCAGGGCGGGCUGAAGUGGUUUUCUUUUCUUUCCUUUUUUUUUUUUUUUUUUUUUUCCUUUUUCAAAGAUGGGUUUUGGUUAGAAUCGCUCUCUAUUUGCUUGGAACUGGAUGGACAGACUUCGGCAUCGCUGUGGGGGUGGGGGGAGCACCAGCAACCAAACAGACACCGUCUCCGCGCCUGUUUUUAUUUUCAAAAACCUGCAAACCUGAUGGUGGAGCCGUCCCCUCCUAGGAGGGGUGACUUGGCUGCCCUGGUCUCGCCCUGGCAACCUCUGUGUCUUGCCCUGAAGACACUGAAUUCUUUGUACAUUUACACCCUCCUCGUGCCCCGCCCACCCUUGUAGCUGGUCUUUGUUUUCUUACCUCCCCUUUCUGACCCAUGUAUAUCAUAUUCUGUGAGAUACCAUCUGCCUGAAAAAAGACCUUGUGCGGAUUCUUGGGAACAUUGUAGCUGUUUCUGUGUUUUUUCUUACCUUGUAGUCUGGUUCUGAAUUAUGAGAGGAAAAAAAAGUAAUUAUGAUACAUUGUAGUUUGUGUACGAUAUAUGUUGAUAACGUUUUAUUAAAGGGACAUCUUUUUUCCGCA